AUGGGAGGAAUUAUUUCUCGUUCUCAAAAAGCAUCCCAUGAUGAUAAUCCCAUGUCAUUAUCAGAUUCCUACGAUCAUGGCAGAAAAGGACGCUCUGCCUCUGAGCCCAAACAAUUAAGCAAAUCAUCAUCAAAGAAGAAGAAUAGUGCAGCAACAUCAAGUAAGAAACAAGAAGAGACACCGAAGGAUGAAAACGGCCCACCAACCUCUCUCAGACUCUCUGCUCGAAGAUAUAGUCAACACCUAGAUUCAACUAUUAAACAAUUGGAAGAUGAGCUGAGGAGUAAUCAUUCCCUGGCACACGAUGAUGAUCAACCUAAUCAAGAUGAUGAAACAUGCUCGAUGAGUUCCAUGAAUAGUCGAAUCAGUCGAAGAAGGGCAAAAUCAGAGCUUGUCCCAGCCACAAGUAUAAAACAAUUGGACAUUCCAGUUGGAAUUGAAAAACCAGCCAGUAUAACUACGGACGGUUUGAGUAUAGAAGAUGCUUACAAACAAAUCUUGAUGAGCUCCUCAUUGGGAAAGUCUCACGAGGAAAUUCUACAUAGAAUGCCUGCAGCCAAAAUGAAAGUUGCAUCAUCAACGAGAAAGGGGCCUAGGGAUGAUAAGGAUUCAAUCAUUAAGGAUCAAAUGAAAAAGGCGAAGGCUUCGAAAGAAGAAUCGAAAAGAAAGUCCAAUGGAAUGAACCGUUCAAGCUCUCGUAAUGGUCUUGAUCAAUCAUCUUCAAUGAACAGAUCUAGCUCAAGAACUGGACUCAAUCAAGCUGAUAGUGGAGAGAGUGAAGAGAAGAAUCUAAAACAAGAAAUUAAUAGCAAAUUGUUAGAAUCUGAAUCCUCAACAUCCACCCUUGUACAAAAAAAUCCAAAUAAUCAACAACAAGCGUUGCCUGCUGCAGAUAACAAUCUCCUAGUAUUAAAUCCUCUUUCGAAUAAGAAAAAGAGGAGAAAACCCAUAGCUCCAGAAGAAAAAAAUGAUUCAGGAGUUCAAAUUACAGUGCUAACACCAGACGACAAAGAAGUUUCAGCCCAAUCCAAACCUCACCUCAAAUGGCAAGAACAAAAGAAAAGAAGCCAAGUUAAAUUGCAAGUCAAUAAGAAAUCAGAUGAAGAUUUCCUCUCUGUAGGAUC